UGCACGUUUCCUUUACAAGUGGAUAAGGCAUUGAAAGAUGUUGAAGUACGGGAUUGCUUUAUUUUUUGUAUUCUGCCUAACUGCAGUUUCUGCAUUAGAAGAAGAUGAUGUGCGUUCUGUUGAACCCGAAGAACUUGAAAAAUUGUUAGACGAAGGUAAUUUUGAAGAAUUCAGCAAAUUGAUGCGUAUUGAUGAUGUCAAUUUAGUGAUUCCUAAAGAUGACGGCAGUGAUCCUAUGUUCCAUGAAGGCGUCCCUCUAGGUGAUAUUUUGAUUCCAAAAGGAGAAGAGGAACUAGAGGAGGGAGAUGAAGAAGAGGAAUCAGAACGAGCUGUUUUGAACUUCAGGAAGUACGGAGGCAACAAAUGGCCUAAUGGUGUCGUCCCCUUUGCCAUAGCUAAUAACCACUACAAUAAUGCUCAGAGGGCUACCAUUUACAAUGCCAUCAAUGACUACAAUGCAAAAAAUACCGGCACUAGAUUCGUACCACGCAGCAAUCAAAGAGAUUACGUAAUGAUAUUCAGUGGAAAUGGGUGUUAUUCCUACUUAGGAAGAAUUGGAAAUCAGCAAGCGCUGUCACUGCAACGCAAUGGAUGCGUACACCACGCAAUCGUUCAACACGAGAUGAUCCACGCUGUCGGAUUCACCCAUGAACAGAAUCGUCCGGACAGAGACAAUUUCGUCCGUGUUCUCUGGGAGAACAUACCCCGAGAAUGGCAUUCGCAAUACCGGAAAGGCAACUCAGACGAUUGGGUAACAACGACAGAUUACGACUACUACUCGGUGAUGCACUACGGAAUGAGGGCGCCCGGAACAGGACGCAGGGCAUUCCAGAUCCUGAGGGGAGGCAUCGACGAGAGGUACGUCGGGCAGAGAGGAGGCAUGACGGGUCUGGAUGUGCAGAAGAUCAGAAACGCAUACAGAUAGAACACAGAAAAUGGACGUCCCCUCAAGUCGAGUAUUAAUAACCUAAGCUAAAGGUUAUUAAUAUUCCGACGCAAUAUGUUUAUGUGCAAUAGCUCCGCAGAUAAAAUUGUGAAAAUGUUAGAUAAUAAUGUCUUUUUCACCGAAGAAAAUAAAGUUUAUUUCAUUAAAA